UAAGGAGGGAAAAAAGUUGACACCCCACCUCCAUUUGAAUGCGUGCUCGCCACCCUCCACUUUCUCUCCCAAGUGCGUGCACGUAUCCCCAUCUCGCCCCCUCCCCUCUAUUGCAUUACUGUAGCUGCUCUCUGCUCGCACACACGAGAUCCGCCGCUGGGCUGCGAAUUGAGAAAUCUCCGAGAAGAUGGUGGCAGCCGCGGCUCCGUCGUCCCCCUUCGGGUAGAUGAAGCUACCGUUCCGAGCCAGCGUUCCCCGGACGGAGUGACAUGGGCACGGCCGGGAAACGGGGCAGAAGGUAAUCGAUAAGGAGAAGAGCCCGGCGCGGUGCUGCUACGGUGCCCGAUCAUGCACAGAAGCGAGGAGCAGACCAACUCGAAACUGAAAGAUUUCUAAACGUGAAAAUCGUCCUCGUGCCCAGUCGGUGCGCUCUGGCUCGAGACGCAGGACCGACGGUGCACUUUCCUGUCGGAGUUCAAGAGCGGAGGGAGACUGGGGGGCAGGGGAGGGCUUGCAAUUAAGCCUUAUCUUUCCAUGCGUUUGCUGUCUGCUGUCUGGAGAGUGGGAUCGUGGCCUGAGAGAACUUUAUAGCCGCACGUCGGAAUCAUAAGGGAAUUCAUACGGGAGCCGAUUUUUUUCCUCCACGUUUUUUUAUGCAUACGUAGUACUGAAGUUUGAUGCUCAUUUUUUUCAGAGCCUUUCGUGGGACUGUUGAAACAAACAUAUCUUGAUAGCAGCACAAAUAUUGGAGCCGCCUGGUAAUGGAAUUUACACAUUAAUAUCGAUUUAUAAUGGCGAUUAUUUUUCAUAGUAAUGUGCAUUUUCAAUUAUACCGGUUAGUGGGCUAAUUAUAGCUGAUUAUUUCUAAGAUUUGUGCGCGUGGGGUACAAAUAUAGGGAUACCGCCGCUAUUUUUAAUGCUAUUUUCGGAGCUGUCACCCUAAUUAUAUUUACCACGUUGUCGUCUUCGGAUUGCAGGGUUUCAUCUAACCGUGCUCUGCAUGAACUUGGCAUACCAGCCGAGAGAGAUCCGGAGAGGGAUAUCAGGAAAGGACGGGGCUCUUGCCAUGGGAAUACUUCCGAAUAGGCCCUCUCUGUAGCGGCGGGGGGGCAUGUGCAUUUAGCCUAACGGGCUCCGGCUGCCUGUUUCACAUAUCAGCCUUUAGAUAUUAACACAGCAAUAACGAAUUGUUGCUCCUCACUUACAACCAACUGCCCAUAAGGCUCUAGUCUGUCGCGUAAAGGGCGAGCCGGGAAAGUUGCAUUGAUAUGAAAACUGUGGAGGCAGAGGUUUAAUUUAUUAAGAUGCGAAGUGUCCGUGUUCAGUUCAGACAGCGUCCAGGAAAAGGGAAAAACGACGCGUUAUCUUCUCCGGAGCUAUUUCGUGCAGGUCUUUCCCUGCAAGGGGCGUCGGAUGUCAAUGGAAGCGUAUAAAUGCAUGUAAACUUGGCAACUUUGCGUCUUUGGUAACUUUGCGGACAGGUAUUUAUCUUUUUUUUUUACUGUCUUUUUUGUAUCUGAAAAUAAUUCGGAAGGGACGAGGCAUUUGGACGAAAAUAAACACUGAGUGAUAUUCGGGGAGUCGGAGAAAUAUGAGACGUGGAUGCGGUUUGCUGUGGGAUUUUGAUGUCAGUGAACUGGAAAAGGUGAAGCGUGCGAGGCUCGCGAGGCGCGGGAGAGGCGGCGGCUUGCGUGCCUUAUUCCGCCGGCCGAGCUGCCACGGGCGCCAGUGUCUCGGCGGACCUCCACUAACCGCCUUCGCUGUCUGAUUUUUGCCGCGGAAGGAUGAACGGACCGCCCGUCGCCCAGAGAGGAUUGGCUGCCGGCUCCGCGGAGUGAGACCUUUAGCACAGCCCCGACCGUGGAGCUUACUGCCAUUGAGCGACCGCGGCGCUUCACAGCAGAGGAAGGUGGAGGAAUGUGGAUGUUGACGUCAUUGGAGGAGAAGUAAUGAACUAUUGAAACCUCUGGGACGCUCUUCAAGUGGAAGAGCCGCUUACACAGCGGCCCCCCUCCCGGGUGAUUCCCUUGUCGUUUUCUGCUACGUUUGUACUUGUCUCAUCGUGGAACCACAGUACUGUGGGGAAAUUUUUCACCUCAAAACCGGUCUCCACUCCCGAUAAUUCUUCUGCCUUAUUCCGUUCCCUCAAAUACAGCAACAUGGCCUCGCCCCAGCUGCUCCUGCACAACACGGAGGUCAGCUGCGAUUCCAGUGGGGACGGCGUGGCGUCCGUGCGGAUCAACAGCAGCAAGGCACACAAACAGCAGCUGCAGCAGCAGCACAAUGUAGGGGCCACCAGCACCGGUGGUGGGGGGGCAGGGGGAUCCAAGCACUGCAAGUACAGCAUCUCAUCCAGCUGUAGCUCGGGGGAGUCAGGCGUGCGGAGGGUCAUAGUCAAAGGGCACCGUGGUCGGCGAAAAAUGCCGCAGCUUUUUGAGAGGUCCAACGGGCAGUUCUGGGACCCUGGGUUCGACUCGCCCAUCCUGGAGGAGGCGUGCCAGGAGAGGUGUUUCCCACAGACGCAGCGGCGCUUCCGCUACGUGCUGUCAUAUUUGGCCGUUGCCAGUCUCCUUUGGGGCACUUACUUUGGUGCCAAUUCUGCCCACUGCAGCCUGAGCGCCUUCCUCGUGCCCACGGCUGCCUUCCUGCUGAUUUGCCUUCUCCUCUUCCUCUUCACGUUCACCCACCUGUAUGCCCGCAGUUACAGGCAGGCCUCGCUGCUGCUCAUCGCCGUGGCCUUUGCCCUCACGCUGGCAUCGCAGAUGCAGGCAGCCAGCUUCGAGGACACCGAGAGGAGCCCUCCGGAUGAGGGCAGCGGGGUCCUUUGGAGUGGGAAUCUCAGCACGGCCGAGACCCCUUCAGAAGCCAGCUCCUUGACCCCCUGUGUCUCCCCCGUGGGCACCUUCUCCCUGUGCAUGGAGGUGCUGCUCCUCCUCUACAGUGUGCUCCACAUUCGCCUGUAUGCUUGCGUGCUGUUGGGGCUGGUCUACUCCGUGCUGUUCGAGGCACUGGGGUGGGUGCACCUGGCCCGAAGGGAUAGUGCUGCUUUUCUGAAUCUCUCCGAGUCGGACUGGGCCACCCUGCGCUGGCUAGUGCCAGCCAAGGCGCUGCUGCACUUGUGUGCACACGCCAUUGGCGUGCACCUCUUCAUCAUGUCCGAGGUCCGCUCGCGCAGCACCUUCCUCAAGGUGGGACAGGCCAUCAUGCACGGCAAAGACCUGGAGGUGGAGAAGGCGCUGAAGGAGCGCAUGAUCCACUCGGUGAUGCCGCGGCGUGUGGCCGACGAGCUCAUGAAGCAGGGUGACGACGAGGGCGAGAACUCGGUCAAGCGCUAUUCCACUGCCAUGGCCGCCGCUGCCUCUGCCAGUCCCAAGGGUGGCAAGCGCAAGAAGACCUCCAUCCCUCGGGGUCAGAUCAUCUUCCGGCCCUUCAACAUGCGCCGCAUGGAUCCCGUCAGCAUCCUGUUCGCCGACAUCGUGGGCUUCACCCGCAUGAGCGCCAACAAGUCCGCCCAUGCGCUCGUGGGCCUCCUCAAUGACCUGUUCGGUCGCUUCGACCGCCUCUGCGAGGUAACCUGCUGUGAGAAGAUCAGCACGCUGGGCGACUGCUACUACUGCGUGGCCGGCUGUCCUGAGCCGCGACCCGACCACGCCUACUGCUGCAUCGAGAUGGGCCUGGGCAUGAUCCAGGCCAUCGAGCAGUUCUGCCGGGAGACACGAGAGAUGGUAGAUAUGCGGGUGGGUGUCCACACAGGCACUGUCCUCUGUGGCAUCCUGGGGAUGAAGCGCUUCAAGUUCGACGUCUGGUCCAACGACGUCAACCUGGCCAACCUCAUGGAGCAACUGGGUGUGGCCGGGAAGGUGCACAUCUCCGAGGCCACUUCACGGUUCCUGGACGACCGCUAUCAGUGUGAGGAUGGCCGGGUGACGGAGCGUGUUGGCCACAGCGUGGUCACAGACCAGCUCAAAGGGAUGAAGACCUACCUGAUCUCAGGACGUCGGCCCGACGCGCAGUGCAGCUGCUCUCAGAUCGCGCCCACCGCUUCUGAGUGUGGCCCAGACAGUUCGAGCCACUCUCCUCGAGCCCACACCCCGGACGGGCCAGCAAACGCUGUGGCUGGUGCUUCUGCUUGUGCGGAUGUCCCUGCUAAGAGUGAGACUCCAUGCGUCUCCUGCAGUGUGGUGCUGAUCCCUGGGGAGGAUGGGGUCCAAGAGGAAAGCGCAGUUCAGAAUGGCUGUCAGGACGAACGCAAGGGCAUCAGUGGCAAGGUGCCCCCAGGCCGGAGUCCCAAGGCCCUGAAUGGACUUCUGAGCCCCCAUGCGGGCCAGGCCCUGGCCAACAGCCAGACGUCGCUGUGUGAGAUGCUGCAGGAGAAGGAGAUGAAGCUGGCCAGCGGGGGCGGCGGCGGCGGCGGUGGUGGCGGUGCGGCAGCAGACAUGGGCACGAUGGACCACUCUGCCCUCAUCCCGCUGCGCUCCAAGAACUUCCGCGAGCGGAGCGACGCUCACUUCGUGGAUGUCAUCAAGGAGGACAGUCUGAUGAAGGACUACUUCUUCAAGCCUCCCAUCAACAGGGUGAGCCUCAACUUCCUGGAGAAGUCUCUGGAAUCAGCCUACAGGACCAGCUAUCAGGAGGAGGUGGAGACCCAGGCUGCUGUGCGAACCUUUGCCAGCCCCACCUUCAGCUCCUUCCUGGAUGUACUGCUGUCCUGUGCCGUGUUCCUGGCACUCACGCUGGCCUGCUUCCUGCGCCCGCUGCUCUCCGGGCUUCCGGUGCCCACGCCUGCCCUUAUUUUGGCCGCGGUGGCGGCCCUGCUGGAGGCUGUCUCGCUGGUGCUGUCUAUCCGCAUGGCCUUCUGCCUGGACACGGUUCUGGGCUGCACUCAUAGCCUGCUGCGCGCCAUCUCUGGCUGGGUCCCGCGCCACCUGAUUGGGGCGGUGCUGGUGUCCUUGCCUGCCCUGUCCAUCUUCUCCCACGUCACCUGCCAGCUCCAGUUCUCUAUACAGUUCACCAUGUUCAUGUGCUGCGCCGUGAUCAUCGCCAUCAUCCAGUACUGCAACUUCUGCCAGCUAAGCUUCUGGAUGCGCUCCAUCCUGGCAACCAUGGUGGGAGUGGUUUUGCUUGUUGUGCUCUACAGUCCCCUCUGCAGGACAGAAUCCUCGAGCCUCUCCUCUGGCUCUCUGGACUGGUUCAGCAACCAGUUAAAUGUCAGCAAAGCCCUGGAUUUGCCAGCCGAACCAGCUCAGCGGCCCCAGGACCGCCUGGCCCCGGAGGCCGUGCUGGCUUUCUUUCUGCUGCUACUGCUCGUCUGGUUCCUGAAUCGCGAGUUUGAGGUGAGCUACAGGCUGCACUACCACGGCAACGUGGAGGCCGACCAGCACCGCAUCAAGAUCCAAAACAUGCGCGACCAGGCCGACUGGCUGCUUCGCAACAUCAUCCCCAUCCACGUGGCCGAGCAGCUGAAGGUGACGCAGAGCUACUCCAAGAACCACGAUAACGUGGGCGUCAUCUUCGCCAGCAUCGUCAACUUCAGCGAGUUCUACGAGGAGAGCUACGAGGGCGGCAAGGAGUGCUACCGCGUGCUCAACGAGCUCAUUGGUGACUUCGACGAGCUCCUCCGCAAGCCUGCCUUCUCUAGCAUUGAGAAGAUCAAGACCAUUGGCGCCACCUACAUGGCAGCGUCAGGCCUGAGCACCCAGCAGGGUGCCGACCAGAGCCACCCUCACAGCCACUUGCGCACCCUCUUUGAUUUUGCCCUGGAGAUGAUGCGUGUGGUAGACGACUUCAACAAGAACAUGCUGGGCUUCAAAUUCAAGUUGCGCAUCGGCUUUAACCACGGCCCCUUGACGGCCGGCGUCAUCGGCACCACCAAGCUGCUGUACGACAUCUGGGGCGACACGGUGAACAUCGCCAGCCGCAUGGACACCACUGGUGUGGAGUGCCGCGUUCAGGUCAGCGAGGAGAGCUACUGCAUCCUCAGCGAGAUGGACUACGAGUUUGACUAUCGCGGCACCGUCAACGUCAAGGGCAAGGGCCAGAUGAAGACCUUCCUGUUCCCCAAGAGUUCUGACAGUGGACCUGUGCCGCAAUACCAGCUUUCUGUCUCCCCAGAGAUCCGGGCGCAGGUAGAUGGCAGCAUCGGACGCUCGCCGACAGACGAGAUUGGCAGCGUUGUGCCUGUGGCUAUCCCGGACCCGCCUCCGGGAACCAGGCCGCUGGGUCAGGACUGUGGGCUAGCCAAGUCAGAGUGCCGGGAGCCCAAAGUCCAGGUGGUCCCCCCAUCCCCGGGUCCAGCAGCAGCACUGGUGCAUCAUGGGGCCCUAACUGCAUCCUCCCCAGUUCUCCCGGCACCUAGCCAGGAGGAGGAGAUAGACAAGGUUGAUGAGGUGGACGAAGAUGCAGAUGAGCUGACCAAACUGUAAAUCGAGGGGUAGCGUGUUUGUGAGGCUUCUCUGCUGCAUGCCCUUUAGUUUCAAGUCCUGCAUUUCAGCCAGUCCUACUUAUGGGUCAGGUGUGCGGGGUGAGGGCAUGCAUACUGUCCCGGCAAGGCAGGCUCCGCGGAGGCCGGUGACCUGGGUUCCUCUCCCCAUGCCAGUCGGCUUCUGCACAGUGUUCAUUUGGCUUCUGUUUUUGCUAAUGGGGGGGGGGGGCUUGCUGUGUGGAUCACAGUAUGGCACAAGGGUUUGGGGGGCACAGUACGAGGCUGGGAAGGACACCCCCUUCCUUUGUCUUCCUGAAAAACACCAUCGUAUAUAUAUAAUAUAUAUUUUUAUUAUGAUUUGUCAUGGUUUUUGCUGUUUGCAUAUGCUUUUCGUAUAUUGUUUGAUGAAGUGCCUUUAGGAUGAAUUAAUGUACAGGAUUUUCACAUGACCCCCAUGGGUUAGGGUGGGGGGGGGGGAUCUGCCAAUACUCUAGCCUGAUUUUUAAGACUGCAGACUACGGAUUAAGCUGUGUUUUCCUGCACUGGCCUCAGUAUACAGUGAAAUUUUUAUAUGGCAGUUCUGUGUUAAAUCAGAUACCUGGUGUUUGUCCAACAAAAACUAAUGCACAAACGGGCAAUAUUUCCGAAAGUGUCUCAGCAGAUGUGUGCUUUUGUGGUGAACACUAUUUUUCUAUUUUACUGGUUCCAGGUGCAUGAAAUUAUUACCAGUUUUAAGAUGACACCAUUACAUACACCAUCUACAGAAAAUUUGAGUUAAACUAGACUGUCUAGGAGUUGUGGGCCAGUAGGUAAUAUCAGAGGUUGGGAGACCCAAAAUCGGCCAGCCUACUUGCCACCUUCAGUGUUAUUUUGUUGAGUAGAGUUGGUGUGAUUGUGUUUACGGGAGUCAGAGUGUAGACUUACAGAAACAGCAAUAGACUGAAGGGUGUGAGAAGCUUGAGUGUUGGUAUCUGUUCUGAAGGCAGAUGAGCGACACACAUACAUCCCAAAUUCUGGAUCACAGUGCCCUGUUUUGUGGGAUUGUGUCUGAGAAAAGCACAGAUCACGCACAAGUUUAUCUCAGAAGGUAUCGUUCUGAAACGUCGAAGUUCACCUUCAAGGAUUAUGAUUGGGGGGGGGAAGGGCAGGUUCAUGCUCAGUGUCCACUUGAGUGUGUGAAAGAAGCCAAAUCUGCUUCCUCCACCGCUAACGAUGGGCAGGUACCGUUACAGGUAAGAGGGAGGGAAAUGGAAUUAGCAGUUCUGCAGUAAGUAUUUAAAUGAUAAACUCCUGUUACUGAGGCCAGGAUGGUUCAUCCCAUGUGUCUCAGCAGCAGGUUGGACACCUGGCCUGCUUCUGAUGGCCAUUGGAGUGGGUGCUGGCUGGUGCCCCCUAGUGGACCUUAGCACUGGCUGCUCUCCCUUUUCAGUAUAAAGCAGAGAGCCCAAAUUUGGAGCACGUCUUCAUGUAAUUGAGCAACCCUGGAGUCUCUGCACCAUCCAUCACCUGCUUGGCUGUUCUGCAGCUGCUGUGGACAUUUUCUGUUAUAUUGGGGAGGGCUCUGUUUGUUUUAAGCAUAAAAAGGCACUUUGUUGUAGGGAGGGGUUUGGACACUCUGUUUAAUAAUUUUUAAAUAGGAAACCUGACAUUUGAAGCCAGUCACUGGUGCUGCCCCCAAUGGACCCCCCCCCCCCCCCCCCCGGGCUGUGGAGGCAGGAGGAGGAGAAUAAUUUGGGGGUCUAUGGGAAAUGGGGGCCAGUAAGGUUAAGCACGUCCCAGCUGUAAUUGUAAGCUGUAGUCAUACAGUUUUCUCCAGCUUCUUUCUGAGUAGCCAAUGCCUUUCAACUGGAUGUACCUCAGAGCGGAAGCUGACCUGGAACCACCUGGUUCUGUCUCUGAUCUGGACCCCGGACCUGGAACCUGCAGAUGGCAGCGGCUCUGGGACAGUGAAGUGAGAUGGCAGUGAAAGCUGGAACGGCCGCCUGAUCCAGUCUGAGGCUCACAGAAGGUUCUGCUGUGUGGAUUUUGCUAUGUGCUAUUUUUUGAAAGAUGGAUGAAUUAAAAGAGCAUUAAUUACUUUUCUCUGUAGGGGAGCCAAGUUUGUCUCUCUUCGCGCCUUUAAAGUCUUUCUGUGAAAGGGUUGUGUGCUCAGGGUGUCAGUUUCACCCUGCCCAGUGCAUGUUUGCCUCCCGUUCUCUCCUGUGUGAUGGUCCUUCCUCGCACUUGUGUUCGUGUCGGGAUGAGCCAUUCCCAGCUCUUUCUCCUGGGUUCAGGAUGCACGUGGACCCAUCGGGAACACUGUUCUCAAACUUGCACCAUCUGAGAAAAUCCAAACGGUGCAUUCUUCAUGAAAACAAAGUGUGAAUUUUUACACAUUAAAAUAGCCCACUCCCGCCUUGGAGUACAGCACUAGUUAAGGCAGGGCUGCUCACAUCACGGUCCUCGAGGGCCGAGCACUGCCGAUUUCCCAGCCUUCCUUUACCUAUGAGCCAGGUGUGAAGCCUCUGGCCAAUCAGAAUCAGUAGUUAUUAAACUACCUGGAAGAACUGAAAACACGGCCUGGAUUUGGGAUCGAGGGCCAGAUUUGAAGAGCCCUGAGUUAAGGUAUUCAGAUAUAACCGCUCCAGCGUACUGCAAGUCGGUGCCUUUCUCAGUCAUGCACUAAUGUAUAUCUAUAUUUUCAUUUUUAUUCUGAUUUGCCUGUUGGGCUCCUUUUUAUACAUUUUUCUACAUAUUGAAUAUUUAAAACAUGCAUAAAUAGAUGCAUAGAUUUAUUUUUCUCUAUUGAAUUCCUUUCAAUUUUUAUACAGACCUGCAUCGUGCCUUUUAUAUUGAGGAUUUUGGUUGUUCAAUAGGCACUUUUCACUAAAUUUGGAAGGAUUUUGCUGUGAACCCCUGAUUUGUGUUUUUGUGCACAGCUAUUCAAUGUGGCAUGAUUGGGUUUUGUGUUUAAAGCAAAAUAAGGGGAAAUAGGAGUCAAAGUGAAAAAUGAAUUUCUUGAGUCCCAUGAGCACACAACCCUUAAGCUUGAAUCCUGUAACACAAUAUGUUAAGGACACGAUGGAUUUGACCAGUUUAUUGGCAGUGGUGGGUAGGUCCUAAGGGGGGUUUCAGACAACCAAUGGGUCAGCACUAUCACAAGUGAAUGGGCUGCGCUGUAUUGUCCUACACAUCCGCCACAGAGCUGGCAGAUGCACCAGGAAGGGCACACUAUGCUGACUGAAAUGCUACAAGGGGAAAAAAAAAGCACAACACCACUUUCCUGGCUGGCGCCGCUGUUGUGAGCGCCCCCUCGCUGCGCCCUUCAGCGAGCCAUGCUAGCUGGUUAGCGCCUCUGGCUUAGCAGCCCUCGCGUCUUAGCACCUUUCUAACUUAGCCGAGGGUUCAACGGGAUUCCGUGCGCUGGGAGCCUGAUGGGGUCCUUGGAGGAUGUAACUGGCUUUGGUGCCGCUGACAAUUCAGCCAGGCUCAGAUCCAGUGAUUUACAAAAUAAGUAGCUGUUGGCAGCAUCUCCCUUACUGGGUGCCUCCUUUCUGUUUUCAUGCCUAACGUUGGACAUUAAGCACACGGUUAAGGUCACUUCCCCCCUCCUAUACACACAGAUGAUGUCCCAUCUGGUUUGAUUGUUUCCCCCUUAUCCUGCACCAGGGACUUGCAGAAAUAUUGAAAUGUAGAAAUGUUACUGAAACACACACACACACACACAAAAAAAAACAAAUGGAAGUGUCCGCCAGUGUGCUGACCCGCAGGCAGCCUGUGGGUGCACGUGAUUGGGAGCACUCGGGUCGUGUCACUUCCCCAAGACCUCUCUUGAAAUGUUACAUGACAGAUGAAUUAAGCUGAUGAGAGGGAAAAAGCCAGGCACUCAAAUGGCAUGCAGCGUGCUGCUCAUACUAGGCCUUGGCAGAUUUCUGGCUAAAAUCGCUGAGCAUCAUGGAUUAGCUAGGCUGAAUAUUCAAAACGAACAGGUUUUAGCACUAAUAAAAUGUUUGGGCGUUCUUUGUUGUCGUCUGGUGUGACGACCCACUAUCCAAUCCUCUCAACUUCAGAUCAUCUUCUUGAGAUCAGCUUUAUUUAUUGAAAGGCUUUGGGGUUUGUGCUUUUUUUUUCUUUCUGAUAUAUGCUGUCUCCAUCAGUUGUGUUUAAAUCCUUUUUACAUUGUUCUAUUGGUUUACUGCAGGAUGGGAUGGUGAAAUGCGCUUGACUGUAAAGGAGGAUUUUUUAUUUUAAUGGAGUGUGGUGAUGACACACUAGGAGUAUAAUGCCAAAGAGUGUGUUUUUUAUGCUUAUGCUUAUUGUACACAUUGUUAAUGUAUCGUUUAUAAACACAUUAAUGUAAUCUGUAUACAUUUGCACAAAGCACUCGCUGAGUAUGUACAUAUGCAUUUAUAUUGUAUAUCAUAUAUUUGAGUUUUUUUUUUGUUUUUUUUUUUACUUAUUUAUACAUGUGCAUGUGCCAGAUUUAAUGUUAUACAAAGGGUUUGAUAAGGAGGAAGAGGUAUCAGAACAGAGUGUCUGUUAUUGUGUGUGCAUGUGUGUGUCUGACUGGGAAGGUGGCACUGCACAGAGGUGGGAACAGCCUGGCCGUCUCUCAUAGGCUGUGCUGGGCAUCCUUUCUGAAGUGUGUAUAAGGAGAAUCUGCGUGGCAGAUUAUUUACUCCUGAAUGAAACUGGAGUUGUUCAGUCUUGACAACUAGUCGUAGUAGAGUGACAAUGCUAUACAGUAUAAUUAAAGUCCAGAUGAUACGAGGAGGGAGGUUAGGAAAACUUUCUUUGAAUGAGGAUGGUUGGGGGAGGUGGGCAACUGUGUCCAUCAACCUUCAAUCGUCCGCCUCACCGUCUCCGCGUCCUCUGCAUGUUAUGUGUCUGUAGAGUGGAUCUCUGUCGUCCGCGUUGUCACGUGUUGCUUACCUGCCCCAUCGCAGUGCUGCAGCUGCACCCAAGCCCUCCUCCGCUGUCUCCCGUGCAAUCCCAUCUACCGCCAGCUUGCUGGAGGGUUUACCCCAUAUAUCCAGCGUGCUGAAUUCAUGCAUGCACCUUUUCAUCUGGGAUCUUGUCUCAUUUUGCCUAGUCUUUGUGGGCUUUUGACUCUGAUUAGCAAUGAUUGGCACAGAUAGACUGUCCCGUUAACAGCGGGCAGUUUCGGUAGUGAAAUGCAUGUUCAGAAUUUGUUGUGACACAUGGCACAACUUGCACAUGAGAUUUUCUGACAUCCUCAUUUGUCCCACCAUUUUCACAUAUUUACAUCCUAUUUCACCCCCGCAGAUUGUUUUUUUUUUAUUUUUUUUAUUCUAUUCAGUUCUCCUGAUUUGAGUUUGAGUCGGACUGUUAUCCUUUACAAGUGUGAGUGAGUGUGUCUGUGUGAGAGUGUGUGUGUCUGUGCAAAGAGGCGAGCAGAAAUGGUGAGGGUGAUGGGGGACGAAGGGAAGGGCGGAGUGGAGCGGUGCCCCCCCCCCUCCUCAAUCAGAGGGCUGUUUCCCAGCCACAGGUCCCAUCGGUCCCGGAAGCUUUCAGGGGCUCCGUAUUCUGCUGGAUUUCAACAAGGUAUGGGGGUAGUUAAAUAUUUUGCUAAAAAGAAAAAUUAAAUUAAAAAAGAAACGCUGUUUCCGUUUUGUUGCCUGCUUACUCUUUCUUGGAACAAAAAAAAAAUCCAGGUACAAAAAUAAAAUGGAAAAUGUGUGCUAUUUUUGGUUAUUUGCUUGUCAGACGUCAGUUACAUUUUAUGUAUUUGUAUCUGUGUUAAUAAAUGAGCCAUUGAUUGCUGGGUUACGGAAUUGAGCUUGA